AUGGAUACGGCCACAUUACAGACCCCGAGAACGGGUCGUUCGCGUUUCUCAAAAGCACUGCCUCUGCCGCCUGGUCUGGAUCUCGAAGGGAACGGUUCUCAAGCUAUAGCAGCGAACCAAGUUCCUCGAGCACUCCCCGAUCUGCCUAACAUGGCCGCUACAGUGGCUUUCCCACCUAGAAAGGACAGCGUUGGAGGGAGUUUUGUGCCAAAACCACUUGAUUCGCCAUUACCGGCGCUUCCGGCGCUCACAUCUGGGCUGGACACACAGAAGAAGAUGCCUCCAAUACCGAGAAAGGCAGUGGCCUCACCGCCGGCGCAACCAGCAAAGACCACACCGGCGCACCUGAAGCGAGUGUCGUCCAUAUCGAGUCUGCUUUCUGCAUAUUCCAACACGUCGUCAGACUCGGUGCACAGAUCGUCUCAGGGCAGCUCAGUCACAAAGGGCAGCGAACCUUCGUUUUCACCGGAGCGAGAGGCCAUGCAAGAUGGAAACAAGGACGAUUUCACAAGGUCGUAUAAGGCGUACUCGAGGAAUCCCUACGAGGAGCCGUCGGAACAGGAGAAGGCGGUCAUGAUGAAUGAACCGUUACCUCCGCCGCCACCAUUCAAAGAGAGAAGCAACCUUAGGCCAACUACACCGCGGACCGGACUGCCAGCAACACCUCGCAGCGGAAGAACGGCUGCAUCACCCACGAGAGAUGCGAAUGCGGACUCACCCACGACAUCUGUGGCCAACGCGUCUCCGCCGCGCCGAGAAAUCUGGCGGAGAAGGGCGUCAUCCAAAUCAGAUCGUAGCAUAGCAGUGGCCGGCCUAAAGCUGUCCAUCAGUCAUGGGUCAACCGCUGCGACGACGGCACCCGUCGCUGCGCCAGCCCAGCUAUCACUGCCCAAGUCUGCAAUGACAAACAAUGAUGUGAAGACCACGUCUCCGCUACCACCCAAACCUAAUUCAGGGCUACCUGGACGAAACAUCAGACCGCAGCCCCAACAAGCCGAGGCUGACGACGAGAUGAAGCGACUUAAAGAGAAGUUGAAGCCCUUCGGGUUGGGCCGCUCGGGUACGGGAGAGCAGGCCGACGCCAGGAUGAGCGCGCAGUCGAGUGACGCUCCAGCACCACCAGCCAAAGACUCGCCCACGAUCAAGGCAGCGUCAUCCGAAACAAUUAAGGUACAGCCAGCACCGGUAUCAGACGAACCUAGCAAGCCGUUGAACGCAACGGCAUCCCCGUUGUCGUCCCCGGAGCCCCAGCGGGACUCCGCAAACUCUAUCCGGCGUCGAGAUGUAGGCGCGCCGGCGCGCAAGCAGGCAUCAAUGCAGAACAUGAACGCGAAAAUGGCCGACCCAGCCGUUGCGCAAGAUCUGAGAGGCGCGAAGAGCCAUGUGGAUCUGAAGGGUGCGAGUCAUGGGGACCCGAGAGACCAGCUGGGCGGACGCGAGAUUGGCACCAAGGACUUUGGAACUAAGGAGGACAUCUUCCGCAAUGCAGAAAUCCGCGAACCCAGGGAGCCCAAGAUGACAUCGUCAACGCCUGUCGUCGCUGCUGCGCCGCCGCCGGCGAAGGGCCUGCCCUCGCCACGGUCACGACGGCCCUCCCAGCCCCAGCCUCGUCGCAUCCCGCCGGAGCUGAUGAUCACGACGGCGCCGGAGCCCGUCGUCUACCGGGACAUCAACGAAGACCCGCAUCCCAUCGACCCGGAGCAGCAGGCGAAGCUCGAGGAGGCGAUCAACACGGCGCUCGCCUCGCCCAGCAAGUUCAACUUCACGCCGACGGAGGACGGGGUGUGGCCGGCGCUCGCGCUCUCGAUCAACCACUACCAGUGCCUGGGCAGCCACAAGCUCUGGCAUUGCACGCAGAACGCCAACUACCCGAUCCGCUGCAUGGUGUGCCAUGUGCCCGACAAGACGUUCCGGUUUGUGUGCCGGUGUUGUGGGGUCCGCUGCUGCCAGGGCUGCAUGGAGGCGCUGCGUGUCCACCCGCUCGAGGCCCUAGACCUCGACGGUCUGCGCAAGGGAAAGCAGGUGGUCUCGCCCGUACGGGAAGACCUCGAGGCGGAGAUCGAGGCGGAAAUCGAGGAAAAGGUCCAGGAGGACAUGUAA